UCAGGCAAACAAGCAUCCUGCCUUUCAGGACCACAGCCAAGAAAGACAUUCUCUGCCUCGCCAUGAACAACAUCAAGAUUCUUGCUGCAAUUCUGGCUCUUUUCGUCGCCUCUGCGACUCUUACAGAAGGCAUCUCGCUGGCCCGGAUAGGGAGUGAACUCCGAUGCCACUGCAGGGGCACUGAAUCCAGACGUAUCCCAACCCGAAACAUCAAGGAAGUCAAGUUGACCGAAAGUGGGCCGCACUGCAAGAAUGUUGAAGUCAUUGCAACUCUUCACAACGGCAAACAAAUAUGCUUGGAACCCUCAGCAAAAUGGGUGAAGGUGAUCAUCAAUGCCAUGUUGAAUAGGCCUGAAGCCAAUACUGGAUCACAGCUAUAAGGAAAACUUCGGAAUCUCUACCAUUUUGCUUUGCUGAAUGAAACUGAGCCAUUUCAAUCAAGCCUACUUCUUAAAAGAAGA